AUGUCUCUUCAAGCUAAAGAUUUUCUCGCCAAAAUUUCCUCUGAUUUGAUUUGUUUUUUGGAGCAUGGAGGAGAGGGAAAUAACGGAAUAUCAAACUCUACUCUUCUUAAGGCAAUGUUGAAGGGAAGUUUGGGAGUUGCUGUGUUGAAUGAAAUUUAUUACAUGAUGAAGAGUUUGAUGAGGGAAAGGGAAUCGGAGAAUAUGAUUUUCGAUAGGAAGAAUGUGGAAAAAACAAUUGAUUGCAUGAGGAGGGAUGUGAUUAGAUUUAUUUCCUGUAAUGGAGUGGUGAUGAGUGGAUUGGCUAUUUGCUCUCAUGAUUAUUCGCAUGUAUUGGAGAAGAGUGGAAUAUUAACAAAAAUUGCUUUUUUCCUUACGACUAUUUACUCACCAGCUGUUAUUGCUGAGAUAUUGGAUUGGAUUGGAAUUUCUGAGUAUGACCACUCUGUAUAUGAGAAAGAUAGUACAAUUCUUCCAUUUCGCAAAUCUAAACAGGAUGGAAGGGGAAUAUUUUCUGGAUUUUAUAAUUUUUUAAAGAAACUAUUUAUUGAGCAAUCAUUUCCUAGAUUAUUACUCUUGACCUCCCUCACUCCAUUCAUAAAUAUUCUAAUUGGUAAUCGAUUGGUGCCUAAUGUAAAAUAUUCAGCCACAUCGAACCUAGUUUUGGAUGAAUAUAAACAUGAUCCAGUGGUAAAUCAACAAUUAAUAGAAACCUUAGAGAAGAAAAAAUAUACUUCCCUGUUUUUAAGCUCCUACUUUUUAUCAUUAGGUCAUGGUAUUUCUAUGAAUACUCUUUGCUAUUGGGGUGAAGAAAGAGGAUGGAGAGAUUUUAUGUGGAAUAGACUGAUCAAAAUUGAAAAGCUUGAAAAGAGGAAGGAUGCUAUUGAUACAUUAGAAUUCUUUAAAAAUUCAAUGUUGAUUGGAUUUAUUUCUGGCUUGUGGAAUGUACCUCUUACAUUGGCAGGUAUUAAUUAUGGAGCAAAUAAUUCGAGAUGGGGUGUUAUUCCAAUGGUUUUAAGUCAUACUUUGCUUUCACCUCUACUUUGUUUUGUAACACAAAAGAUUAAGAAUGAGACCAAUACUAUUCGUGAUUAUGGAAUUAUAUCGUCAUUUGCUAGAGGAAUUUAUGAGGCCAUGGGUGGAUUAUCUCAAUAUUUAUCAGACGUUUCUAAUGCUCAUGACAAGAGGUAUGGAAAUAUUUUGGUCGGGCCAAAUUCACUGAGCAGUUGUGCAACUCUGGCAUUAUUGAAUUUAGGAUUGUUUAUUGCACUUUCACACUCAACCAAUAGAUUUUCCAGUACAAGUAAAAAGUGA